AUGAAAGUUUUAACAAUUUUGAUUGGGUUACUGUUAUUCCUUAAUAACUCGUUACAGACGACAUAUGGCGGACUAGUCCGUAGAAUAACUAAUACUGGCGUAGUAUCGAUACCAAAAGAUUUUAGUAGUUGGAAUCUGUGCUCUUCUAUUGCUGCUACAUCUGUUUCAUUCCAUGUGGCAUUUGACCCAAAGCCAACAGAUGUUCCCACAACUAGCUUUGGUGAAAUUACACCCGGAAAUAUGACAGCAACUAAAGACUUUAUUGGACUUAUUGUGUCUUUCCAAAGUAAUGGGGUCAAAUACUUUCAAUGUGGAAACGUUCAAGACGAAUCUCAUUUAUUAGUAUGUGGCACAGUUGACGUUUCUUGGCCUAGUGCACCAUCUGGUAUCUAUUGUCUCAGUGUACAGAAUCCAAACAUCGUAGACUACUUGGUUUCGAUUUCAUUCAGUUACACUUAA